CGCUUCGACAUUGGUCUCGACACCGCCCUCUGCAAGUUGGCAUGUCACCAACCUUAUGGCUGUUGCACGCGGACUCGUCGGUCAACAUGGAGACUGGACAGACUAGCCACCCAAAGCUAGUGUCCAAGAGGCUCAGGGCUGAGCCAAAAAUACAACAAAGCUGAUGUCUGUUGUCCGCCUGUCCCCUCAUAUCAAAUUUCAUUUAGUGGAGAUCUGAUGGUUAGGUAGGUAAUCACCUUUCCUUACAGUCUUUUGGACAAUCUUCGCAAGUCGCAACCUUCAACUUCAACUUCCCUAAACCUUCUGAUAUCGGGCGAAAUGCCAUUUGUCGUUUGACAAGUUAACCGCUAUACACUCUCCGUCUUUUAUUCUUGGAUUUGUUGCAUUUUGCGAGCCUCUUCGGUGUAAUAUUUGGAGCAUCUUGCUUCGCCUAGGAGAGGCGAGGCAUUCAAGCGAUCUGGUCAUGUUUUACCGUUCAUUUCUUUUCGGCUUCUUCACAUUCGCCUCUGGUAUCAAUGCUUUGAGGUACGACCCGGAAUACGUGGAUUGGAACCUGAACACGAAUGAGUUCGCGACCAACCCGACCGACUAUUCAGGGAAAUGGGAAAACCAUGAUUUCCACAUAUCGCCUGAUAACUGGCGGUUUCCAUUUUACACCAUCUUCUUGGAUCGAUUUGUCAAUGGCGACCCCUCUAACGACAAUAUCAAUGGAACGGCUUUCGAGGUGGACAUACUUUCAAAUCAGCUGCGCAAUGGAGGGGACAUCGCCGGUCUCCAGAAUUCCUUGGACUACCUCCAGGGUAUGGGUGUCCAGGGUAUCUACUUAGCAGGUAGUCCUCACAUCAAUCAACCUUGGUCGGCCGAUAGUUUCAGUCCCUUGGACCUUACGAUGCUCGAUUGGCACUAUGGUAAUAUUACUGCGUGGCGGGAUCUAAUAGACGAUAUGCACGCCCGUGGGAUGUAUGUCGUACUGGAUAACACGAUAUCGACUAUGGGCGACCUGAUUGGAUUUGAUGGAUAUUUGAACACUUCAACACCCUUCAGCUUCAAGGAACAUAAAGCUGUAUGGAAAACCGACCGACAAUAUCUCGAUUUUGUGAUCGACGAAGACGAGAUGGAAGACUGCGAAUACCCUCGCUUCUGGGACGAACGUGGUGAGCGCGUUGGCAGCAACGUCACUGACCUGAUGACCUCGUGCAAGCGAAGCGACUUUGAUCAGUACGGUGAUGUCGCCUCCUUCGGUGAAUACCCCGAGUGGCAGAAGCAACUCUCCAAGUUCGGUUUCGUACAGGACCGAUUACGAGAAUGGCAGCCGUCUGUUAUGGAUAAAAUCGUUCGAUUCUCCUGCCUUACCAUUCAGAUGUUGGACAUCGACGGCUUCCGUAUCGAUAAAGCCUUAACCAUCACCCUCGACGCCCAAGCCGAGUGGAGCAAACGGAUGAGGGAGUGCGCAGCUGAAGUUGGGAAAACCAACUUCCUCAUCACGGGCGAAAUCGUCGCUGGUAAUGCCCUCGCCGCUCUGUAUCUCGGCCGAGGAAAGGAACCCCAAAUGGCAUACCGCGAAGUAGAGGAUGCUUUCCUUGCUGACAACGACACCGACCUCGCCACCAACAUUCGGGACAUCAGUGCAAUGGACUCAGCCACCUUCCAUUAUUCCGUCUAUCGAAGUUUGACUCGGUUUCUGGGGAUCGAUGGUGUUUACGGUGCUCAAAUGGAUAUCGCGAUCAACUGGGCCAAAGGUUGGCAGGACAUCCUGAAGACUAACGACAUGAUCAACACGAACACUGGCAAAUUCGAUCCACUCCAUCUUUAUGGAACCACGAAUCAGGACGUUUUCCGCUGGCCUGGCAUCACGAACGGAACUAAAAAGAAUCUACUCGGAAACUAUGUGACGACUAUGAUCAUGCCAGGCAUUCCCAUUCUGAUGUGGGGCGAGGAGCAAGCCAUGUAUGUGCUUGAGAACACUGUAGGCAAUUACCUCUUCGGCCGUCAGCCAUUGUCGUCCACGAUUGCAUGGCAACUCCACGGUUGCUACCGCGUGGGUUCCGAGAAAUACGACAAUUUCCCCUUCGACCAGUGUCUGUAUGGCUGCGAGGACAUGAAUGUCAGCUUGGAUCACCGCGAUCCCUCGCACCCGAUCCGCAAUGUCAUUAAGCGUAUGUACGAGAUCCGUCGUCAAUUUCCAACGGUCAAUGAUGGAUUUAUGAUGGAACAACUGUCCACUCAAACACAUUGGGUCUACCUUCCCGGAUCCGGUGGAACUGGUACCGAGCUCGGGAUGUGGAGCAGCGUGCGUCGAAGACAGCCAGAUCUCCAAGAUUUCACCGGACAGGGUGCCGGAAACGAAAUGGUUUGGCUUCUAUUCAGCAACGAAAACCAGCUGACGACCUUCAACUUCGACUGUGCCACUAAAGAGUCAAACCGCGAGGACAACAAGACACUUGUUGCCCCUUUCGACGCCGGCACCACGGUCAAGAAUCUCUUCUAUCCCUACGAAGAGUACACACUAGAAUCUGGGGGUGUCGAGCACAACUUCGAGAAUACCACCGGCUCUGGAUGCCUAUCGGCCAUCGACAUUCCUGCGUGGGGUUUUAAAGCCUUAGUUCAAAAGAAGGCGUUCAAGGAACCAGCACCGAGUGUCACCAAAUUUCUCCCCGGACAUGACUACAGACUCCAGUCGAGGGUGGGCCCCAACGAUAAGGAGUCUAUCAAGAUCGAAUUCCACUUCUCAGAAAUAAUGGAUUGUGACUCCGUGAGGGACUCCAUCUCGCUCACCUCUGAGACCCAUGAUGGCUCCGUUCCGAUCGUCAAUAGAGCCACUGUACAGUGCCUGACUUUGCCAGCGAUCGAUAUGCCUGAAUUUUCAGGAGAACCAGCGGGUGUUUGGCAAUUUAUCACCAACCUUGACAAUUUGGCCAACGGUAUCCACAGGAUCACGCUGACGAACGCAACGAGCAAGGGGGGAGAGCCAUCUGGAACUAAAGACAACUUUUUUCUUCGAGUGGGACAAGUAGACAACCCCAUGGUGUUCCCACAAGGCGCAAACUAUUCCACCAGCCUCGUCAAGAAGAGUGGCGACAAAAUUCGUGUCGAACAUCGCGCUCCCGGUGCGACCAAAUUCCGUGUCAGUCGCGACUACCAAUCCUCUUGGACCGAUUGGAUGCCAUAUGACGGUAAUACUCCUUAUGAACCGGCGCCGCGGAACUGGACCGGAACGAAGAAGCAGGACUGGGAGGAGGAGCACAUCAUCGUUCAAUACUGGAGUCACCUUGCUGGGAGCAGCCAUCAUCAACAGGAAGGUGACUUGAUCGAGGGCAAUGUUGAAGACUUUCCACCGCGACGGUUCCCCCACGUAUUCAUCAAUGGCCUUUUCAACCAAUUUGGCUUUGACUCCGGGAUGAAGAACCAGAUGUCACUCAACAAAACUGGCUUUUGGAAUUUCGACUUCAUGGCGGACUGGCCCACCAAUUUCCAGUUCAACAUCUGGGGCAUGAAUCCCAGCGGCCAGCCUGACAAGACCUGGAUCUACGGUGACGUCAACAAAGACAAGGUCUUGGACCGCCUUCCCCCUGGAUCGUUGCUCGUCAACGUCGUGAACAUUACGGAGUUUCCUAAACCUCCUUUCGCUGCUUGGCGUAUUGUCCUGGACGAUCGUGCCUUCAAGUACACCCUCCUACCUACGGGGUCAAGCUCCGCGCAGUUAGCUCUGUUCUGUUUACUGUGGUUCUUCCCGCUCGCAAUUGCUGCCGCCGUUGUGUAUAUCUUCAUCAAGUCCUAUUACCAAGUGAAGUUCAACGAGAUCGGUGCCGAGGAAAAAAGUGGUGCCCUCAUCCCGCUUGCUUUGCGAAACAAGCUCCGUCGCCUCUCAUCCGAUGGUCGGGAGAAGGACCGGGUGUUGGGUGCUGGCAUCCGGGAAUCCUUCGACUCUCACCGCAGUCCAUUUGGUGCUCUUCAAGCAGACGCUGGAGAUCCUGAACGUCGCACCGUCUUGAUUGCUACCAUGGAGUACGACAUUGAGGACUGGAAGAUCAAGAUCAAGAUCGGUGGUCUUGGUGUCAUGGCCCAGCUCAUGGGGAAAAAUCUCGGUCACCAGGACCUCAUCUGGGUCGUCCCUUGUGUCGGUGGCAUGGAUUACCCGAUUGAUCAAGUCGCGGAACCCAUGUAUGUGACCAUCCUAGGCAAAGAUUACAAAAUCGAUGUCCAGUACCACAAGCUACGCAACAUCACGUACGUCCUUCUUGACGCUCCGCUAUUCCGACAGCAGACAAAGAACGACCCCUACCCUGCUCGUAUGGACGACUUGGACAGUGCCAUUCUCUACUCCGCAUGGAACUCGUGUAUCGCUGAAGCCAUUCGGCGAUUCCCUGUGGAUAUCUACCACAUCAACGACUAUCACGGUGCCUUGGCACCUCUGCACCUUCUUCCCGAGGUCAUCCCUGCCUGUCUGUCUCUGCAUAACGCAGAGUUUCAAGGUCUCUGGCCGAUGCGUACCGAGAAGGAGAAGGACGAAGUGUGCAAGGUGUUCAACAUCGACCCUGACACUGCUGCCAAGUACGUCCAGUUUGGUGAGGUCUUCAACCUCCUUCACGCUGGUGCCAGCUAUAUCCGCGUCCAUCAGAAAGGUUUCGGCGCGGUUGGUGUCUCCAAGAAGUAUGGUAAGCGUUCAUAUGCGCGUUAUCCCAUUUUCUGGGGUCUGUCCAAGAUUCGCAGUCUUCCCAACCCGGAUCCUUCGGAUACAGGAGAAUGGAAUCCGAAUGAGUAUGCCGGGGCAACCAUCACCGUCGAUCGCGAAUUCGAGGCAGGCCGAGGGGACCUCCGACGCCAGGCACAAGAAUGGGCAGGAUUGGAGCAGAAUCCGACCGCGGAGCUAUUCGUGUUUGUCGGCCGUUGGUCGAUGCAGAAGGGCGUGGAUCUCAUUGCGGAUGUGUUCCCAUCGGUUCUGGCGAACAAUCCCAAUACCCAGAUCAUUGCAAUCGGUCCAGUCAUUGACUUGUACGGCCGGUUUGCGGCGCUGAAGCUUGAGAAACUGACGAAGCUCUACCCUGGCCGUGUGUUCUCCCGUCCUGAGUUCACACAACUCCCUCCAUACAUCUUCAGCGGUGCCGAAUUUGCUCUCAUCCCGUCUCGUGAUGAGCCUUUUGGUCUCGUCGCUGUCGAAUUCGGUCGUAAAGGCGCACUCGGUGUUGGCAGCAAAGUCGGUGGUUUGGGUCAAAUGCCUGGUUGGUGGUUCACCAUUGAGUCGAACGCAACGAAGCACUUGAUCAAGCAGUUCAAGACGGCCAUUAAUGAAGCUUUGGCUUCCUCCCAAGAGACUCGUUCGAUGAUGCGUGCUCGAUCUGCCAAGCAACGAUUCCCAGUCGCUCAAUGGGUCGAAGAUCUCAGCAAGCUACAAUCUACUGCGAUCAGGACUUCCAGAGAGAAUUGGAACAAGUCAAAGGCAUCUUCUGUCAGGAAUAUUUUCUCCAGUCGCCCCGGUAGCCGAGCAGGUUCGCCAAAUGCUAGCCAGCUGGACAUCAGCUGGCCAUUACACGGCAGCCCUGGCCAAGAUCAAGCCUUGAUGUCCGCACCUCCUUCUCCACUCCUCACCCCGAGACUUCCAUACAGCGACAAUCCGUCUCCUCGUUUGUCGGUGGCGACCACAAGCUCGUUUGGCGACCUCGCGCCUCCUCCCAUUUCCGAGCGUGGCCUUAGCAUCUAUGGCUCCGUGACGUCGGAUCAGAAGAGGGAGAGGCGACUUUCAAAUCUCAGUAUCCAUUCCGUUGUCGGUGAGCGGACAGAUUUCGCCCUUCAGAAGGUUGACCCUUUCUUCACCGAUUCCAGCGGACACUAUUACCGCGAGUUCGAGAAGAAGCUCGACAAUCUUGGACCGAAGAACUCUGAGACAGACCUCUGCAUUGAGGAAAUUAUCACAAAGAGCGAGAAAAAAUGGUUCGAGGAAUACAGAGGGGCGAAGCUGGGCCAGUCGUCCAAGAACGCCUCGUCGAUUUCGCUGCACAAAGGGCUGAAGAGACCGAGUCCUGGACUUGAAUCAUCUGCCUCUUCCAUCCGCUCGUUCAGCCGUAAUGGCCGUGGUGGAGAGGAUUCUUUCUUCCACCAUUACUCCGACGAUGAGCUCGACGACACGAUGAGCACCACCAGUUCAUACAAUGAGGAGUUUGAACUCGGUGAGAACUACAUUCCUCCGACGGGCCUGCGUCGCUUCAUGCUCCGCAAGGUCCUUGACUGGCCCAUCUACACCUUCGUUCUUGCGUUCGGGCAAAUCAUCGCUGCCAACUCGUAUCAAAUUACGCUUCUCACUGGUGAGGUCGGUCAGGGGGCCAGCACGCUAUACGUUAUUGCUAGCAUCUAUGCGAUCACAUCUGUCCUAUGGUGGUUCGCGUUCCGUCGUCUAAAAUCGCUUUGGGUUCUUUCCUUACCAUUCGCCCUCUAUGGUGUCGCCUUCCUUUUCAUCGGGGUGGCGCCGUUCGUCAGUAUGGCUGGUCGUGGUUGGGUCCAAAAGGUCGCGUCUGGUUUCUACACGACAGCAUCAUCCAGCGGUAGUAUUUAUUUCGCCCUAAACUUCGGUGAUGAAGGUGGUGCACCUGUCAAAACAUGGGUCCUCCGGGCAUGCAUCAUUCAAGGAACGCAACAGAUCUACGUUAGCGCUCUUUGGUUUUGGGGAUCGGCGCUUAGUCGCCUAUCUGAUGAAGGUGUCGAGACGACCAGUGUGGCUCCUACGGCAGUUAUCGCUGGUGUUUGUCUGCCAGUUGCCGUCCUAUUAUUCGCACUAGCAGUGAUCACCUUCAUGGGGCUUCCAAAGUACUACCAUCAAGUUCCUGGCGCUGUGCCGUCGUUCUAUAAGUCCAUCUACCGACGAAAGAUCAUUCUGUGGUUCUUCGUCGCCGUCGUGAUUCAGAACUUUUGGCUAGCCUCCCAAUACGGUCGCAAUUGGCGUUUCCUCUGGACAAGCCACAACACCCACAGUUGGCAGAUCCUCAUUCUCCUCCUCUUCUUCUUCCUUGGCGUCUGGGCCUUCUCUCUCUGGGUCUUGGGCCGCCUCACCAAAGCGCAUUCCUGGAUCCUCCCUAUCUUCGCCAUUGGUCUCGGCGCUCCUCGUUGGUGCCAGAUGCUUUGGGGUACUUCUGGCGUCGCCGCCUACCUCCCCUGGACUUCCAGUCCAGUCACCUCCGCUCUUCUUGCCCGCGCCCUGUGGCUUUAUCUCGGCGUGCUCGAUGCUCUCCAGGGCGUCGGGUUCGGUAUGAUCUUGCUACAGACCAUGACCCGGUUUCAUAAUACUUUCGCCCUCAUCGCGGCACAGUUCCUCGGUUCCAUCGCAACCAUCAUCGGUCGCGCUAUCGCCCCCAACAACCUCGGUCCCGGCCCUGUAUUCCCGAAUUUUGCGUUAGGAGCAGGUGGCUUGGCCAACGCUUGGUUUUGGAUCUGCUUACUGAUGCAAAUCGCGAUCUGCAUCGGAUUUGCCCUCUUCUUCAGAAGGGAACAACUUUCCAAGCCUUAAAAGGCUCUCGGUUGGAUAUUUGUAUGAAAAUUAGGAUGAGCUGGGAAAUUGUAAUGUCUACUUUCUUAUAUGAUAACCCUCCUUCAUAAGGAUCUCAUUUGGUUCGGUUGCUUGGGUCGUUUUCGGCAACGGCAUUUGGCAAACGCAUGGCAUUGGAGUUUUGAAUGGAGAAGGUGGUUUUAUUUUCUGUAAAUAGAUCAAGUAGAUACAAAAUGAUCUCUUAAUGAUACCAUAUUGAACUCUA